GAGGAGAGCCAUGCCUGAGCCUGCCAAGUCCGCCCCGAAGAAGGGAUCUAAGAAAGCCGUGACCAAGACGGCCGGCAAGGGAGGAAAGAAGCGCAGAAAGUCCAGGAAGGAGAGUUAUGCCAUCUACGUGUACAAGGUGCUGAAGCAGGUCCACCCCGACACCGGUAUUUCGUCCAAGGCGAUGGGCAUCAUGAACUCGUUCGUCAACGACAUCUUCGAGCGCAUCGCCGGUGAGUCGUCCCGUCUGGCUCAUUAUAACAAACGCUCCACCAUCACGUCCAGGGAGAUCCAGACCGCCGUGCGCCUGCUUCUUCCGGGCGAGCUGGCCAAGCACGCCGUGUCCGAGGGCACCAAGGCCGUCACCAAGUACACCAGCUCCAAGUAAGAAGUGACCCGGACUUCAUCAAACCCAACGGCUCUUUUAAGAGCCACCCACGGUUUCGCUUUAAGAGCUUUUCUCUGUUUGAGAAUGAAAGCGGUUUUUUAGCGGGUGUGUCUGAAAUUGUUAGUUUGCGUUUUCCCGCGCAAUUUGCGCAACUUCUCCAGCGCUCACACAUAUUGAUCGUGCUAUUUGGUAUAUUUAAAUGUAGCCUGAUGAGCUCCUUUUUAGAGAAAAAAUGGCUUAACUUCUUUUUUGCUUUCUCACUGUGUGUGAGAGAUGGAGAGAACUCGAACUGCAUUAAUAAAAAAGGCUAUAGUAA